AUGGCGUUUGGUUUCAGAGUGUUUUCCGCGUCACUUCUCGCAAUCGCCUUUCUCCUCCUUUUCGAGGAGUGGGCCUCAACUCCCUCUUGCACCACUGCCAAUCCCCUGCAUCGCCACCCACACCAGCACACCAACAACCUCAACGUCAUGAUCGUCGCCGAUCUUCUCCUCCCCGCUUCCGAUUCCUCUCUCCUCAACCACCUCUUCCGUCACUACUACAUGUCCAAAUUCUUCCGGAAAUCGUUCGAGACUCUGCGGCCCGAUCUUCUUCUGGUGCUGGGCGACGUCUCCGCGCGGGGCUCCGGGCUCACCAGGCCCAAGUGGGUGUCCGUGCUGCGUCAGUUCUACCGCGUGUUGGGCCCCUUCGUUGGGCUUCCCUUCCACGCCGUUCUCGGCGACAGGGACGUCGGCGAGUGCCGCGACCUCGACGCCGAGAGAGUUUCUUGGCUUGCGAGCAAGUUGCCGGGGCUGGACUCCGCCGGCUGCGCCGCGUUUGAGAUGGGCAACGUGAGUUUCGUGACGCUCAAUGCUGUGGCCCUGCUUUGCGGGAAUUGCGGGUUGCGUUUUGAGGUUGAGAGGGUGGUAGAGAGGGAGAGUGUGGAGCUUAGGGUGAAUGGUUCCAAUGAGUUUGGGUCGGGGCCUGUGGUUCUGCUGCACUUCCCUUUGGACCGAACCAGGAAUGAUGACUAUGCUGAUUUUCAGAGAUCUUCCAAGUCUUUGACUCAAGGGUUAAAUGUGCUGCCACAAAACAGGGAGGUUGAUGGGGGUGGCCCGUAUGAUGUACUUCAUACCCUGCCUCUGAAUGCUUCUGAAUACAUUUUACAAGCUCUGAAGCCAAGGCAGAGACUAUUCACCUUAUAUGAGGUUGGACGUGGAUUUUGCCACGUUAGGCGUGAGGUCCCAAGGGGUCUUCACCUUGAUUACACUAGGCACUGUUUGGAUGGCAUUGGGUGUGAGCAAGACAGAGAGCUCCAUGCCUUAAUGGCGUCGGGCACGAGGGUGUAUGAGGAGUAUAAUUCCAUGUAUAUCAUUCUGGGAUGA